GAUUCGCGAUGAGACCAUCUUACAUGAAGUCGUGGAUGCUGCAUUAUCAUGUGGAUACCGUUUCUUUGACACUGCCCAAGUAUACGGUAACGAGGCCGCUUUGGGAAGGAUCUUCAAGGAGCUUCUGCCAAAAUACAACCUUGAGAGGAAGGAUAUAUUCAUCACUUCCAAGGUUUCUCCAGCUAAUCAAGGUACAGAAUUAGCAAGAAAAUCAGUGAAGAAAUCUCUUGAUAAUCUUCAAACUGACUACAUCGACCUUAUGCUGAUUCACUGGCCUGGAACGAGUAGUAAGUCUCCGGACGACAAGCAGAAUCCAGUAAGAAGAAAGCAGACUUACGAAGUGCUGGAGGAUUACCAUAAAAGCGGAGAAAUUCGUUCAAUUGGUGUAUCUAACUACGAAAUUAAACAUUUGGAAGAGCUGCUAGGCCAUUGCAAAGUCCUUCCUGCUGUGAACCAGGUUGAGUUCCAUCCUCACUUUCACCAAAACGAUCUUGUUGAAUACUGCAAAAAUCACGACAUCCACUUCCAGGCCUACAGCAGCUUCGGUGGACCGGGCUAUCGCGAUAAACUUUUCAACGAUCCCGAUGUGCAGCAAAUGGCUGAAAAGUAUAAAAUUACGGUACCGCAGUUUCUGCUUGCAUGGGCCAUCGCCCAAGAGAUCAGUGUGCUUCCACGUACUACAAAGAAGGAACGAGUUGUCGAGAAUUACAAAGCGCUGGAUACGAAAAUUUCAUCGGAAGAUGUGCAUAAAUUGCUCAACAAUGGAAAGUCCCAAAAAGCGUCAUGGGAUCCGAGAACUAUCGUUUGA